CGCAACAUCCACUGUUCCAGAUCUCCAAAACCCGAUACCACAUCCAACUACCGCCAGUGCAACGACAUCUAUCAGCAUAGAAAUCCAUGGGCCAACUGCAACUGCUUCGAUGCCUCCUAGAGCCAUUGCCGCAUUGCCCUUUACUUCUGUGAAAAGACCAGACAGUGGAGCUUUGAGGAAGCAUAUUGAGAAGCUUUCGGGCGAUGAAAAAGAAGCCUUUCUAAGAGCUAGUAAAGAGAUCACGGAGAGCACCCUCUUACACAAUAUCAAAACCUUAGACGACGCUCACAAGGAUUCAUCGAAGCUUCGGAAACAUGCAGAACCUCUAGCUAAGUUCCUUAAUCUCCUGGAUCGGUUCCUCGGUGGGGUUACGAUUGGUAUACAACAGAGCCCAGACAUCUCAUCGCUUGUUAUCGGCGGUGUUCGCCUGGUAAUCGAUCUCGCCAGGAAUUUUGUUUCCUUCUUUGAUAGGCUGUCGGAAAUGCUUUAUCAGUUUAGCGAUUUCUUGGGUCCUCUCGCAGAAUAUGCAAAGUCUGCAGGAGAGAAUCCGUUAAUCCGAGACGCCCUUUCGGCCAUAUAUGGGGACAUACUGGAGUUCUUUGGGCACGCAAGGUGUGUUUUUAUCGAU